GGAGGAGGAGUGGAGCCAGAUCCAGAUUGAAAAAGCGCGAUCUAGGUGACAGGAGACGAUGAAAGAUUCCCCAUCAUCUCAACUGAAUGAGCCGUGUCACUCUCAGUGGACGACGGCGAGACAACCAAGGAGGAGCCGAUAAGAACACUCGAACCAGGGAGGAGAGACGAGCUAUUGGCCGAGGCCAAAACUCGAGAGAACUUAGAGAGAGGGAGAACAAGAAGAAGGACAAGGCAGCUUCUUCUUUUUCUUUGACAUUGGAAAAAAUCAUGUCAACCGGCGAGAUGCCGGCCGCCGGAGGCAAUUAG